GCCACGGUGGACGGUGGGGGGGGGCGGUGAGCAUGGCACUGGGUCCUUAACCAGGGUUUUAUUUUGAUCCUGGUGUUGGCCGUGGAUAUUUCAGCGUGGUUUCCAAGGAGGGCUUGGCAAGCUACAGCGCCCAGUCGUUCGAAUAAAACGAAAAACAGAGCCCUUGACAAUUGGGAGAUGAAGCAAAACGCCACUGUUGAAACCAAUGUCGCUUAUCAAUUGUCACUAAUAAAACAUAUGUUUCCGUAUUAUCAAUCAAAAUAUCUUAGAGGUCAUUGUUAUAUGGCUGAAUAUUCUUUGUGAAAUCUUUUUCAGGUAACAAAAACUGAACAUAAUUCUACAGGAACGACAAAUAUGUUUCCUGAUGGCAUCUAACGCGGAUCUGAAUAUGUGAAAUAUAAACUGCGCCAUUUAACUUUGCUUAUUCAGAUGUUAAAUUUGAAAAUUCAACCAUAGAAAAGCGUCACCCGAUUUAAUACAGCUUAAUUAAACCAACAAAGCCAAGAAAGGAACCAGGAACAACGACAUGGAGAUUUGUUAACUUAAUAUGAACCAGGAAUAAUGGCAUGGAAACUUGGUACCUUAAUAUGAACCAGGAAUAAUGGCAUGGAAACUUGGUACCUUAAUAUGAAGUUAGUUCAGAAGUACAUUGCUCUAGCCAGUAUCACAGUUGUGAUAAUUUAUUUUUAUCGAACAACCGAUAUAAGUUUAUUUGCAAAGUAUGACAAAUUUGAUAAACAUGACCACAGAAAUUAUAGGGAUGAAUUGUUACCGGCAAAGAAACCUAACAUUACAGCAAAAACCAAAACCCACAACUCUUGCAUCGUGGACGAUUGGAUAAGGUUCGAUCCAUCGGCAGAAACAUUAAAACGUUAUAUAUUUUGUGAUGAAUUUGCUAAACAAUCUGAUAUUUUAUGUCGGUGGUAUCUUGAUCAACAAAACAUAACAGAUCAUAAAACAUGUCUUCUACCUCAAGAUGGCUACAAAGUUCCCAAUAUCGUGUUUUAUGUUCACUUUAUUUAUAAAGAGUUGGAUAUGGAGGUUUAUAUGUGUAUACUUAGCGCCAAGAAAAUUCAAAAACCAUUAGUUAUUUACAUUAUAGGUGACAGACCGCCUUUAGGAAAAUGGUGGACCAAGCUUUUAGAGGAUGUUCCAGAACUUAAAUUUAUUAGCAGAGCUAUGCCACGAACAAUUUCAGGAUCUUCCGUUCAUUGGCUAGCACAUGCGUCAGAUCUCGUUCGACUUCAAAUACUUUUGGCAAAUGGUGGUAUAUAUAUGGAUACCGAUGAAAUAUUUAUAAACUCUUUCGAACCACUGAGAAACUAUACAAUUACGAUGGGUAUCGUUGAUAAGAUAACCGGAAUGGGAAACGCUGUAAUAGUUGCGCAGCGUCACUCAACAUUUUUACAAACAAUCCAUGAAAAUUAUAAGUCCUUUAACGGUUCUUUAUAUUAUCAUAAUUCGUUGAAAGCAGCUUAUAAGUUAUGGCUUAAAGACAAAAGCGCACUGAAUUUAGAAAGCGAUAACUUUUACAAACCAGGUUGGUAUCAGGACGAUAAAUUAUAUAAGGAAAUGGGUUUUGAGUGGAAGGAUCAAUAUGCAAUUCAUCUCUGGGGUACACGGAACCGCUACCGAAUGCCAACGAGCAUGGAACAAAUUGACAAUUGGUAUACUACUUUAGGUCAAAUAUUUCGAUAUAUGUAUUAUGAUGAUGCACGGCUGAGAUUAGUAGUUCAAAGAGAAAAUGAAUUGGACGACGACGCGGACGUUAAAUAAAACGAUGUCACACACAUGACAACGAAGGGCUGUCUUGUAAAAUGUUUAAUCACACAUAGGGCCAACACGUCUAUUAUGGUGUUCCGCAGGGGUCUGUUUUGGGGCAUUUAUUGUCUGCUUCAAUCGCGAGGGAUAAAGAUGAGCAAAAACAGAAAGUCUUUCCCGCAAUGUUUACCAGAAGUAAAUGAGAAUUAAAGAAAGCGUGCCCGGGGAAGGCUAGCGAGGGUGUGUAACCAUGAACACUUCCUCUAUAUUAUACGAACAUUUGCCAGUUUACUUUCUACAUUCGCACAAUUUGCAACCUCGACCUUAAAUUGACUAGACCCUAUUAUUUUGAGCUGAAAAUAAAAUAUCCCAUUUAAUUGUGUU